AUGCAGUCUCCACACACGUCACCGCCACUGCCCAUCCUGCCAAGUUUUGUUGGCUCAUCAGUUAACAUCCAGCAUCAUGCCAAUGCUUGGGACAAUGCCGGAUCAUCUGGUUCACCGUCAUCACAUUCUUUCACACAACAUCAACAACCACAUCAAUCAACUAAUGGUCACUUUGCAUCGGUAUCAGAUGAUAUACUAUCAUCACUUAGUAUCAGUACAGCCAACAACAACAACAAUAACAACAACAAUAAUGUACUCAGUAUGUCAGGUGGAUCAAUAGUUGGCAAACCAAUUGCCAAGAUCAGUCAACUAAAGAAGAGUAACACCGAGAUACAUCCAGUUUCCAAGCUCAAUGGGUCCAACCUCGGUAGUCCAAGCUCAACAGUCUCAUCACCUCUUUACCAGACUGCCAAGUUGACACCCAACUCAAUUGUACCAAAUCACUUCCAGCCUUAUCAAUUGCAGCAACAACUUCAAUCUUUGCAGGAUCAACAACAACAACAGCAACAACUUCAACAACUUCAACAACAACAACAAGUGAUUGGACAAAUGUAUCAUCCCAAUGGCAUGGUCAACAACAACAACAAUUCAUAUGGCGUCAUUCAACAACCUUAUGGUACAUCACCUGGAUCGUCACACAAUCAUCCUGGUGUAAUGUCUACCAUGCGCAUGAACAAACAACAGCAACAACAACAACAACAACAACCAUCACAACCAAAUGGUACAAUGAUGCGUGGUCAUCAAAAGAGCGUCGUUCAGGGAGAGUACGUACCCAACCAAUACAUCAUGAGACAGUACUAUGGUAUGGGGCCAUCAGUUGGCCAACAACCACCGCAGCCUCUACAACAAACAUAUCCAUAUACCAACAACAACAACAACACUAUUGUAUCACCUAUGGUCAAUUACCUUCCACAGCAGCAACAACAACAACAACAAAGCAAACCAUUCAAGUUGGAUGCACCCAAGGAUGGUAGAUGUAACAUACACCAAGAACCAAACCGAUCGUAUUGCUUCAAUGACGACUGCCAGACAUCUCUUUGCGCGCGGUGCACUGAGCAGAGUGGACAUCAAGGCCACAACGUUAUCCUCUACCAAGACCUUGCGAAGCGUAUCGCCGAGGAGAACACAUCGUUGAGGAGCUCGUUGCUCCGUCUAAAGAGCUAUCUUGAGGUGGAGGGCGAGAUUGUCAACAGACUGGCAAGCAAGAACAGUGCUGAGGAGGCCAAGGAGAAGCUGCGCCGAGACAUGCAUCAAUAUUUGGACGAGGCGUUCAAACAGAUUGACAAGGAGUACUUUGAGUACAGAGAGAAGAUAGACUCCAAGCGAGACAAGAUCGGUCAUCUUCUCAAAGAGAUUGAUCGAGAGCGCGGUGACAAGCCUGGCUCGGCGCAGUUCGGUCAACACCUUUCUGGCCUGGCAGGCGGCGUAGGCGGAAGUACUUCGGCGAAAAGUGGAGGUGCUAAUGGAGGCGCAAUGGGAAAUGGCAACGGAGGUAGCCGAAGUGGAGGCAAGUUGAUUGAUAUCAAUAAUCAAAAGAAUCACUAUAUGGAGUUGUUCGAGAAGGUUAGCGAGGUGGUAGUAACGCCAAACGAGAGUAUCCAGUGGGACUACCAACAGCAGCAACAAAACCGUCAAUCCAACAUCAAUAUCAUCCAGCCACAACAAUCAGCGACGACAACGACGACAACAUCAACAACUACAACACCAACAACAACAACAACAACAACACCAACAGCAUGUAUCAUUAACAAUCCAGCCAAUAUAUUUAAUAGCAACAACGUGUUAAAGGUAUCGACAUUGCCCUUUAAAUGUACAUUAAAGUAUAUAUACGCCAUUGGAGGCCAGGCCAGGAAGUCCGUGGAGCGAUACUCGAUCGAGCAGAACAAGUGGACGUUUGUUGCCAACAUGAAUACGCUACGCAGUCGCUUCUCGGCAAUCUACGACGGACGCCAACACAUCUACGUGUUUGGUGGCGAGGCCAAGACCAACGACCGCAUCACGCCAGAGAAGACCGUGGAACGCUACAACAUCAUGAGUGACUCGUGGGAGGUGCUCAAGCACAUGCCAAAGCAGCGCAGUCGCCACGCCACCGCCUACGACGGCCAGCGAUACAUCUACAUAAUUGGUGGCAAAGACGCCACAUGGUUCACAAGCGAGGUGCUACGAUACGACAUGUUCACACAGGAGUAUACACAGAUGCGGCCAAUGAAGACGCCUCGCUCCGACAUCUCUGCGGUCUACGAUGGCAAGGGCUCCAUUUAUGUCAUUGGAGGCUACGACAGCAAAGCAUUGGACAUCAUAGAGCAGUAUGACAUUGCCACCGACACAUGGUCCAGUGUCAAGAAGAUGAAGAAGCCUCGCGAUGGCCCUGGCGCAGUGUAUGACGGCAAGGGCUCAAUCUAUGUGAUGGGCGGGUCAGUGUCAUCGCACAACAUCUCCAACAGCCUUGAGCGAUACGAUGUGGAGAAAGGCGACUGGGUGCCUCUGGCCAACAUGUUCAAGCCCGUGGACGUCCGCAACUCUGUCGUCUACGAUGGAGACAACUCACUCUAUGUGAUUGGCGGCUACUUCUCCGAGGUGUUGAGCGACGCGUGUAAAUACAACAUCGACACCAACGUCUGGGAGAGUCUCAAGCCAAUGAAUGAGGCGCGUGAGGGCAAUGCCUUGGUCUACGUCUCUGUUGAUAUAAACUAA